CUUUUUGUUAUAAUGCACGAAAUGUUUAUAAUGAUGACCUUCAAUCUUUUAGAAUUUCUCUGGCAAGGUAUGGAAAAGUUGAGGCAUUAUGCUUAGCCUGAGGGAUUUUCUUGCAGUAGAGAGUCCCCUGUUGCUAUUCUCCUGUAGUCUUAUGAAGACACUGAUAAAUGGCAUAACAUUAAGGAUAUGGCAUGCGUCCCUUUAUUCAAUAGGCAGCAGUCCUAUAAUUUCGAGGUCAUUGUGAAGCUGCACAGUUUGACCGCUGUUCCCUACGUAAACUCUGUCACUUUUGCGAAACUGCGGCUUCUGAAUAGUCGGAAUUCCGCACAGUACUCUCCCAGAACUGAAAUUCGGAACAAUAUUGUAACGUGGAAUAGCGAGCACCGAUUCCACUGCAAAUUCAAAAGCGAUGCUGAAACAACUAUUUUGGAACCAAACAUUUUGAAGGUGUCCAUUCGUAUGGAAACAAAAGGUGGCAAGUCAUUUUAUAAAGUUGGCUUUGUCAGUAUUAAUUUGGCAUGUUUUGCUGCUGUCGGUAAUGUGAUUAACCGUCGACGGUAUAUCCUAGAAGGUUAUGACGGAAAACGUAAACGCCAGGAUAAUUCUCUCUUGUCAAUUUCAUUCUGUUUGCGGCAGUUAACAGGAGACAAUUGUUUUCGAACACCAAAAGAGAAUUUAAGCAAUUGUUUAAUUGAACCGCCUGAUUAUAUUGAUCUGCCAGAAACAGAUUCUAAAACAAGAGAUUAUUCCCUUACAAAUUGUACAUUGAUCGGUGACUCGCAUAAUAAUCAUAUAUUAAAUACCUCAAUGGCAAAUCAAGAACAACAUACAUCUAAGCCUAUCACUAAUGCAAUAAAUACACUGACUAAUCCAUUAGACAUUUUACAUUCAUUAAAUUUGGAUACUGUCUCAUCCUCGUGUCCAGCAUCCACAUCAUCUCCACCACAACUACCAAUCUCAUCAUCAUCAUCAUCAUCUAUGACAUCAACAGUAACUGGUGUGACUACAACAGGAAUAGUGGGUGUAGUAGAUUCUAUCCCAUCAACAUUAUCAUCCAUAGCCAGUGGUUCUUCAAAAUUGAAUUAUUCUACCUCAUCUCCACAUUAUCAAUUAGCCUCUUGGGAUACUUCAUCUGCAUAUCCCGUUGAAUGGAAUUUCCUAUCACAACCAUCAGUUGCCCGAAAUGAUCUGAUCUCUGUUCAAAUGAACACAAAUCAAACACCAAAUCUACCUAAAUUUUCAUCUCACCAGUCAAAUGUAUUUCAAUCUUCAAGUGGUGGACGUGUUUCUACUUCAAGUUCUAAUACGCCUAUAUCAAAUUCUAUGUCAUCUACGCCUGGUUCAGCAUCAAUAGGCAGUCUAUUACCUCGAUCACCUCCUGUACAAAAAACAGAUAAAUCUAUACCAUCAUCACAGGAUGAAACAGUUACAGCUACAAAAGCAAUAACAAUACCUAUUGAAUUAGACAAACCACAACAUGAUAUGAUAGGCGAUAAACUGACUCCUCCUCUUUCUAGUCAAAAUGUCACCUUCAACCCUUUGACCUCAGACAGUGUAACAUGUUAUUCAUUACCACAUCCUCAUCAUUUAUCUAAACCAUAUAGGAAUGUUGGUAUCCCUUCUGAAAAUCCUAUUGGUAUAUAUUAUCCGAACAAUGAAAAUGAUGAGAUAACUGAUAUGUAUAGUAAUUAUGGUAAAAAGUCGUAUGAUUAUUUUGCUACAGAUAGUGUUCUUUUAGUUCGAUCGUCUAGACGGCGUAAAAUUCGUCCUGAUUUACAAGUGUUACCGUCAAUGAAUACUAAUCCAAAAAAUUCUGAUCCCCCUUUUGACUAUCAUCAUCAUCCUCCUCCUCCUCCACUUCCUCCUUCGUCUAUCCAUUCUACUGUAGCUUACACAUCAUCACAUUACCAGGGAAAUGAAAAUGACUCUUCAUUGUCUUCAAUUUCUUCGUCUACUACUGCUGGUGUUGGUGUCGGUGCUGGUGCUCCUGUUGCCUCUACCGUCCUAGCAUCUACUUCUCCUGCUACUGUUGUCGUUCAUACAAUUGGCCCUUCAGGGGGGAUAUCUAAAAGCGGUAUGACAACUGAUUGCUGUUCAUCAGGUUAUCAAUCACACUCGAGACAAUCAAGUCUUGAAUCAUAAGCUAACUGUAAUUAACUCUGAUCAACUCCUUUAUUAUUAGUAUUGACCGGGUCAAUUUGAUAAUCCUGAUCAAUAGUGGCAUAUGUAAAUAUAAAUCUGUUGCAUUCAGGAUUCAGUGAUUUUGCUUAUUCACAAAAAGAUUAUCCUCUAUUUGGAGAAUGGAUGACGCCUCUUUGGCCAGUCAUAUGUGUGUGUAUGCACAUAAACAUGUAUGCUUGUGCUGGCAUAUAUAUGUAGUCCAUAGAUAUAUGCAACUUCGAUUGAAUUACAGCAUCAGAAUAUCGUCAAAUUUACGUCUGUGACAAGAUGUUAAAUAAAAAUUAUUAUUAUUAUUAGUUAUAUAAAACCACUGUUAGCUUUUAAUAUUACUGUGAACAGAAAUUGUUUUUUCUGUUUUUUUUUAGAAUUAAUGAAUUGUCUUUCUAAAUUUAGUACAUUUUCUUUUCUCUGUCAUCUUCGUUCUCCAUGUUGUUUGUUCUCCACGUGUUGUGUCAACUCGACUGUCAACCUGACUCUGCUUUUUUUCUUUCGUUUUUCGUCCGUUUUUGCACCACAAUGCGUCGUCUGUCAUAAUUAUACAUGGAAGUCCCUGUCACAUGUAAAUAAAACAAAAACAAUUCUUCUAUAUGCAUUGCUUGUCUUUCUUGCCACCUUUUUUCUCUAAUAACUGAACUGUAUUCUUCUUUAUAUGUAAAUGAUUUGUUACAUUUUCAACUGAUGUAUUAUUGUACACACUCUUUCACCUUCUUCUGUGUAUAUUUAUCAAAGAAAAGAGGAUUGUUUUAUUGUCAAGUCUUAGCUGGUCAAGAUUCUGUCCACUUCUUUCUGAAAAUUUCUUUAAUUAUAUAUGAUACCAUUGUUUUCAUUGAUUGUUUUGUAGUAGAUUCAUUCAAGAUGAUGUUUCCUUCACCCUUGAUAAUAUUGAGUGUUUGUCUGAUCUUCUCUAUUGUUGUUGUUGUUGUUGUUGUUACUGUUCUUCCGCUUCUUCUUCCUCUUCUUCAUUUCGGCUACUCCCGCUUCCUGUGUCUUCUUUGCUAUAAGGCUGAAAUGUACACAGAUUCUUCCUCUUUUCUCAAGAUAAUUAUUUUCAGUGCUUUGUAAAGAUAAUAAUAAUGAGAAAAAGAAUAACGCUUAUAAUAAGAACUUCCUGUAAGUUUUAUUUUGAGAUACUGGUUAUCUACUUGUGUUAUUGCAUUCUGUAUGUACUGAAUUCCCUUCUUCUUUACUCCCCUCCGUCUCUCUCUCUCUCUGUCUGUCUCUCCUUCCUGUCUCUGUGUGAUGUGCCGACAGCCGCCUGUAGCUUCGUGUGCCUAUUAUUGCUAUUAAUUUUGUUCUUUUGACAGAGGUUGUUUAGCUUACCUCUCGUUGUCCUUUCUCUAUCACAUUCAUAUCACACUUAUGCAGCAGUCACUUAUUAUUCUAGUGAGUCUAAUCGUUUUGUUUACUUCUGUUCCUACAUGUUUAUACACACACACACCUAUUUGCCACUUUUUUAGCGCCAUAUUUGACCCAUGAACAUAUUUAUAUGUAUACUGCUGUCGUGGCCAACAAUGCCGUCAUCAUUGGUGUUUACGAGGAGAAAUGGAAUGCAUGACAAACAGGUUAAUGAAUAUCAGAAAGUAAACAAACAAAGCAUCAAGAGUACACAAGGGAAAAAAGAAGAAGAAAUACUACACUUAGACAUUUUCACAUUUAUCUCUUUUGCUCUUUGAGGCGCACCAGGGAUGGGUGCGGGAUUGUGUUGUUUAUUAAACUAGCUGAUAUUUUCUAUUCAUGUUUGCGUCUGCGUUUUUUCUUGUAUUAUGACCCAUUUUUCUCUCGGGGUGGAAUAAAUCAGAUAGAUAUUGCACAA